AUGGACUCCCUUACCACCUGUCAGUUGACCACCACCCGCGACCUAACCUAUACCUAUUUCAAAAGCCCUCCCACCCAAGACAACAAGCCAUACAUUCUUUUCCUCCACGGCUUCCCAUCUUCAGUCUUUCACUACCGUCACCAGAUCUCCCAUUUCUCCAAAGCAGGAUACGGAAUCAUUGCCCCCACCCUUCUAGGCUAUGGCAAGACGUCCAAGCCCACAGACUACAACGUCUACUCCGGCAAGGGAAUGAGCCAAGAUGUUCAAGAGAUAUUACAAUUUGAGAAGAUUGAGAGUGUUAUUGGUGUUGCUCACGACUGGGGAGCGUAUCUAAUGUCACGAAUGGCCAAUCACUACCCUACGUUAUUCUCGAAACUCGUGUUUCUGGAUAUCGGAUACUCGAAUCCGAGUUUCAAUCUUAAUCGGCAGACGAUUAAUUUUGUCAAUUCGAUGGUGCAACAGAAUAUGGGAUACUCCGUGUUUGGCUACUUCUUGUUUUUUGAUGAGGAGGAUGCGCCGGAGUUGAUGAAUAAAAAUGUCGCCUCAGCAGAAUCGCUCUUCCAUUCCAAGGAUAAUGAAGUGAUCAAGAAUUACAUGGGAGCGGAAGGCGGAGCUCGAAAAUGGUUCGAAGGAGGGAAGAUGGCCGAAUACCCCGCCUAUCUCACAGAAGAGGACAAAUCCGAAUUCCAAAAAGACUUCUCCCCCGAAAACGGCGGUUUCACAGCAGCCUUAAACUGGUACAGAGCACAGCUGCACGACGUAAACGCCGAAGAUGAUAAAGCAAUCCCCGACGAAAACAAAGUCCUCAAACAACCCACACUCCUAAUCAGCACAGACAACCUCAUCACAGCAGCAGCAGACUUUCCGAAUCAAAUGAAACAAUCAGCGCCGAAUCUGACGCUGAAGAAGUUGGAGACGGGGCAUUGGGUUAUGUUGGAGAUGCCCGAAGAGACGAAUCGGUUGUGUGAGGAGUUUUUCGAGGGGUAG